CAAGUUGCAAUUGCAUUCCUCAUUAGAACAUAUUCAUUAGGUACUCAUUCACAAUGGCAAGGAACGCAGGAAAACCAAAGACUACAAAGCUCCAGAAAUUAGAGAAGAAAGCACUUGAAUACUCAGAUCCUGAGCUAGAGCAACUCUCACAGGACGAGAACGAAUCUGAUGAAAAUGAUAAUGAAAGUUUCGAAGAGUUGGAAGACGACGAGGAAGAGACUGGAGACCAGACGGUGAGCAGUGAUAGUGACAACGAGUCCGGAGAGGGUGAAGCAAAGGCUGUAGAUGGAAAAGCUGAGGACGAGGAUGAGGAUGAGCAAUUCGUAUCCAACCUGUCAUUUUCGCAACUUGGACUGGCUUCUUGGCUUGUAAAUGCCUUAAAAGCCAUGUCUAUUACCUCUCCAUCUGAGAUCCAGACAAAGUGUAUUCCUGAGAUCCUCAAAGGUAGGGAUGUCAUUGGUGGUGCAAAAACUGGAUCCGGUAAAACGGCUGCCUUUGCCUUACCCAUUUUACAAAAGCUUUCUGAGGAUCCAUAUGGUGUUUUUGCUGUUAUUCUAACUCCUACGAGAGAGUUAGCGUUUCAGAUCGCAGAGCAGUUCAAAGUUCUUGGAAAGUCAAUCAACCUCAAGGAUGUGGUGAUUGUAGGAGGACUUGACAUGAUGACACAGGCGAUCGCUCUUUCUAAGCGCCCACAUAUUAUUAUCGCUACACCAGGUCGUCUCCGUGAUCACAUUAAUUCUUCCAAGGACGCUAUGCAUUUAUCUAAAGUCAAAUUUUUGGUCCUGGACGAGGCAGAUCGAUUGUUGACAGACACAUUCGCAGAUGAUCUAGGAGGCAUUCUCGAAGUAUUACCCAAGAAGCGUCAAACAUUACUUUUUACGGCUACCAUGACAGAUGCUGUUCUAGAACUUUCAAAACCCAACCCUGAAGAUUCACCAUCACCAUCAACACCAGCUAAACCCUUACCUUUUGUUUAUCAAUGCAAGAACACAGUCUCGACAGUAUCAACGUUAACUCAAUCCUACAUCUUUAUACCAUCACACCUUCGUGAGACCUAUCUUACAUAUUUGCUCCGCUCAGAGGAUUUUGUAAAGAAAUCGACAAUUAUCUUUUGCGGGCGCUGUAGGACAGCAGAAACACUUAGAGUCAUGUUGAGGGAACUAGGAAUAGCGUGCACUGCAUUGCAUUCUGAGAUGUCACAGCAAGAGCGCCUCAACUCAUUGGCAAAAUUCAGGGGCGCCAUCACCACAGUCCUCAUUGCUACAGAUGUCGGUUCUCGUGGUCUUGAUAUCCCUAGCGUACAGUUGGUUUUGAACUAUGAUAUUCCGCGCGAUCCUACAGAUUACAUUCAUAGAGUGGGCCGUACUGCUCGUGCUGGAAGAGGAGGACAGGCGAUUUCGAUUGUGUCAGAGCGGGAUAUUGAAUUGAUUCAAGAUAUUGAGUCUAGGAUAAACAAGACCAUGGGCGAAUAUCCAAUUCCCGAGAACAAAGCGCUAGAGGUUUUGAACGAAGUCACAUCAGCAAAAAGAGCAGCCAACAUGACACUUCAUGAUAGUCAGUUUGGGGAAAAGAAGAGAAUCCAAAAGCAAAAGAGACAAAUCUUGGAGAAUGCUCGAAAUGGAUCCAAGAAGCGAAAACUGAGCUCAAAAUAAUACUUAAUAAACUAAUAUAAAC